UUUCCUGGCAGGGGAAGGCAUGCAGCGCAGAGAAACGUGCCAGCAAAGAGCUUGGAAGUGCAAGUCCAGGUGCUAACGCAACUUCCACCCAAGCCAUGCUGUCGUGAAGUCCUUCUUCUCCAGCCGCGUCUCGCUCAGCGCACCGGGGCGGGCUGUACAGGGGCUGCCCAUGGCAUUGCGGCAGUCUGGGCUGGAUUAGUUCCUGGUCUGUCAUUGUUUCAGCUGUCUGAAGAACUGAAGAAUAUUGCAGGGAAGAUGUUGGACUUGAGCUUCCUGACCGAGGAGGAGUAUGAGAAGCUGAUGAAGGUUCUGCAGAGAGAUGCAGAGCUGAAGAAGAAGGAUGGGGAUCGCAUCAGGCGGAUACAAGGCUCCAUCAAGGAUGAAAAGAAGAAGAAGUUUGUGACAGGUGAAUGGUUUUCGGAAGUGAAGGCAAAACGGUUUCAGGAAGACUUAGAGGGGCCGGAUCUACUUCGGGCAUCUAUUAGAAGGAAAAAGGGCAAACUGGAAAAUGAGGCCAACGAGCACAUCCAGAUGGGUCUGGAAAGCAAAGCUGCCCUGAGUCCUGCCUUCCCUGAGCGUGCUGCUGGCACAGGAGAGGAGAGAUCCAGCACACCUGCACUUGAUACCACAGAGGAGUGUAAAAUCUUGCCAAAACCGAAGCCGAGACUUCCUGUCCUGCUGCCUGCAUCACAUAAGAGAUCCAGUAUACAUGAUGUCUCUUCCUCAGAGAGUGACACUGGAACAAGUCCAUUUGUGGCUGCAACAAACAGCUUGCAUUUGUCUAGAAAAGGUCGUGGAGUAUCUCCGUUGCCCACCAAGCUGUCAGAGGAUGCUGUGCCUCAGCCCAGCAGUGCAGCUGGAGGAGAAGCUCUUGAUGGGGCCACUGGCGCCACAGUGGGGCCAAAAACUCCACCUGAAGAAACUUACACUCCCAGCAAGAUACCAGUUAAGAGGAAACCAAGUAGAACUUUCCCCAGACCCGAGCAGUUUGUGAAUCAUGUGGGGCCAGCAGAGAACAGCCUCUCAAACAGAAAGCUGCUGGCAAGCUCCAAACCACUGACCGCAGAGGGGGAAGGCAGCCAGGCUGUGAAGCACGGCGUGAACUAUACGAUCUCAUCAAUGAGUAACAAAGAGGAGGAUAUCGGCCUCAAUCGCGAACACUUCAAGAACUUGAAGAACUUCUGGGAGAAGGGAGCAGACUCUGUGAUGGUGAGAAACGUGCCGGAGGACCCGAGCUGGGUGGAGGCAGACGGUAGGCAGUUCAAGCUGUGCCGCUCUCUCUCUGUGCAGUCUGGGCAAGGCCAGAACACCGAAGAAAAACCUGGCAUCUUCACCAAAACAAGAACCCCCUACAAAAGGACAAUAACCCUGUCUUCUAGCGAGGAAGAACCAAGCUAUGUAGCCCCUGCAAGGAAGGGCUCCGUUUCCACCGUUCCUAGAUCCACAUACGCCAAGAGCAAAGGCGGCCCGGUUACAAGAAAUAACUCGCUGGGUGAAAGCAAUGGGAAGCCAACGGUGCCAGAGGAAGAGAAAGCAGCACAGCGCUGCUCCAAGAAAUCCAGAUUGCCUGUGCGAGCGCCUUCCGUCAAAAUCGAGUCGCCUACCAAAGAAGUGUCUGGCAGCACGUUUGAGCCAGAGACGCCUACAGACAAGUUUAUUGUGGCAGAAGAGCGCAAGCACGCAGCAAAUUCCCUGGCGAGCAGGGUGCAGAUACUGAUCGAGCCUGUGCUUACAGAUGGUGAAAACGAUGAUGAGAAAGAGGAAAGAUCUGAUUUGGGCACUCAUAGCAAUGUGGAAAUAAAUGGAGAGCUACCUGGGGAAGAAAUGUGUGAGCCUUCAGACAAGCCAACACCCGGUGAACCAGCCGGAGAGAGAGAAGCCGUUCAGGGAACGGACUCGGCUGUUUACUCAGAGGAAGAUGGGGAUCAUUCUCCCGCCGCUCAGGCACUGGCCCGAGCAAAUAGCAUUAAUCUUGCAAAGAGCAUGGUGAACAUUUACACAACCACAGAGACAUACAAUAAACCUCAUUUGAUACCCCAUCAGUUUCUUGAACCUGAAAGAGUCAAAGAGCUGAGCAGAUCCUCUCCUCUCCUGUUGUCUGAGACUGAAUCAGACACGGCUUCGGAAAUCAGCUUCCAGUUUAACAAGCACAAAAAGACGCCUAGCGUUGGCAGCCACUCGUCCGACAUGGCAUCUGUCUCCUCGGUGAGUGGCAGUGUGCUCAGUGUCUACAGUGGCGAUUUUGGGAGUGUGGAUGCCCAAGGUACCGUGGAGUUUGCUCUAGACUAUGAUGAGAAGAACCGGGAGUUCCAGGUUCAUGUGUCCCAGUGCAAGGACUUGGCUGUCGUGGAUGAGAAGAAAGGCAGAUCUGACCCGUAUGUUAAAACUUACCUGCUCCCAGACAAAGCUAGAAUGGGUAAGAGGAAAACUUCGGUGAAGAAGAGGACAGUGAAUCCCAUCUACAACGAGGUGUUACGGUAUAAAAUAGAGAAAAUGGUAUUGCUGAUCCAAAAAUUAAAUCUCUCUGUUUGGCACAAUGAUCCACUGGGACGUAACAGUUUCUUGGGAGAGAUCGAAGUAGACUUGGCCAGCUGGGACUGGAGCAACAGGAAACUCAACUGGUACCCGCUGAAGCCCCGAAGCCUUUCUGCUGUUAACGGUGUGGAUCAUCGAGGAGUGAUGAAUUUGUCUAUUAAGUAUGUCCCUCCGGGAAGCCUAGGUCCCAAGAAUCCUCCCUCUGGCGAAGUUCACAUUUGGGUCAAAGACGUCAAGGACCUGCUGCAGUUGCGUCCUUCUGGAGUUGACUCCUUUGUGAAAUGCUAUGUGCUUCCAGACACCAGUAAGAAGAGUUACCAAAAGACCCGAGUCAUAAAAAGAGACACAAACCCUGUUUUCAAUCACACUAUUGUAUAUGAUGGCUUUCAUACAGAGGAUCUAAAGGAUGCUUGUGUAGAACUGACUGUGUGGGAUCAUGAAAAACUUACCAACCAUUUCCUUGGAGGAAUCAGGCUGGGCCUUGGGACAGGUUUGAGCUAUGGCAUCUCUGUGGACUGGAUGGACUCCACGCAAGAGGAGGUGGCCUUUUGGCAGGAGAUGAUGUCAGCUGCGAAUGAAUGGAUUGAGGGAUUGCUGCCACUGCGCUCACUGGCAGGGAGGAAAAAACUGAAAUAACCCACCAUUCAUGCCAUAGAAAGGCUGAAUGUGGUCAUUAGAAUUAAGAAACUUCCUGCACCGUGGUGAUAGAGACCAUGCAUGGGGCUGGCAAGUGUCAGGUUAAUAAGGCAAUUGAUGGACAGCACUUUGGAGAUGUUAAAUGUUAAGUACUAAUUCCCUGACAGAGGACAUGGA